ACCUGCUUCCGCCUCCAUUGGAUCCGGCCAAGUAAGCCGCGCUCCACCUCAAAGCGCGGAGGAGGCGGCGGCAUUGCGGUCAAAAGCCGGGCGAAAGUUGAAGGUCUGCCCUGCGGGAGGAGGAGGAGGAGGAGGAGGAAGGGAGGGCCCUACUGGGCAAACCAGAAUUUGGGCUGGUAAAGGAGGAAGUGGAGAGAGCCGUAUCAGACAGGUGGGCGAGAGAGAGAGCUGGUUCUUCCCGCUGGAUCCGACGCUUCGUGUGGGAGCCGCGACGGGUAGCUCCGGGGCGCCGCGAUCGACGUGGGGGGAAGGAAGAAGGCGAAGACCACGUUGAGGCGGAAGCCCGGGGCUUUAGCUCUGUGGAAGCUUGCCGUCCUUUGGAAAAGGAAACCUGUGGGAGGCCUGCUAAGGGAGUUUGUGGAAGAGUUUGCGUAUCGUGUUCUGGAGGCUUCAAAUGCACUCGGGUCUGCAUACCUCUCGGGAGCUUACUACUGGGUUGGAUUAGUGGGCGUUUGGCUGUCUUUGCCGACCAAGUAAUCCAACAAGGAACAGGCUUAGUUCUGGUCAUCGUGGAGUAUACCUUUACCUGAAGAUUUUAAGAAAGUGUGGAAGCCUGGAAUAAGAAAUCAUUUGUAUCGCCAAUGUGUGAAGCAGGCCUAAUGCAUAACAAACUGUGUGAUGCCUUAGAAGGUGAAGAUGACAUGAUAUAUGGAGAUUUGGGAAAUGGAUUUAAAAAACAUAAUGGUAUAUAUGAAUCAGAAGGCUUCCACAAACAUACAGUUAGGUCUAGAAGUGGUUCUGCAAGAAAAAGCUUGUCAAGUGAUGGAGAAGAACACGAUGCAGUAUUUUUUCAUUGUUCAAAAUGUAACAGUUUGAAUGACGUGCCAGUCAAAAAACUUGAAAGGAAUGGAUUUGCUCCCUCCAAACCACAAGCCAGUUCUGAGUUCAAUUCUGAGGCAUCAAAUGAAGAAUUAAAACAACGUCUCCAAGAAAUUUUAGAGGAAGUAGAAAUUUUAAGAGUGGAAUUAGAAGCAUCUCAAAGACAUCUUGAAGGCAAAGAACAAGCUUUAAAAAUUCUGCAGAGCAUGGCUGUUUUGGACAAAGCUACCACUCAUACUAAAGCAGUAUUUAUAAAAUCAGAGCAACAAAAGCGAGCCUUAGAAAAGGAAAUAAAUAUUCUGCAGUGGGAGAUCAAAAUUAAUCAGGAGAAAUUAAAAAAUAUAGAUGAGACCUGGGCAGAGAAAUAUGACAGAAUUUAUUGUGAAAAUGCUGCCUUUAAAGAAACGCUUAAAAUGAAAACUGAGGAAAUUAAACUACUGAAGUCUGAAAAUCAACUUUUAGAGCAACAGCAUUUGGAGAUGGUGGCAAUGCUUGAUGUAAAACAGCAGAAGCUUGUUCAGGAUAAUAUUUGUCUUAGCAAGAGUGGUGUUACUGAGGUUACAAGUCUAGAAUUGGCAGUUCUUGGAGCCUGUGCUUGCAAUGGUCCUGAAGGAGUACCCUGUGCCUGUGCCAAGAUGUCAGCAGCAACUCGAAAGCAACUUCUUCAACUCAAGCAAGAGUUUGAACUUAUGAAGAAGAGUAAAGAAGAAGCUUAUAUAAUGGCAGAUGCCUUCAGAAUAGCUUUUGAACAGCAGCUGAUGCGGAGAAAGGAUCAGGCUUUCAGGCUUGCCCAAAUGAGUAAGAUCUGCAGAAAAGAAACUAAAACAGUAAAGUGGAAAAGCAGCAAAGAAGAUGAAAAAAGAAAAAGCUUGGGAGAAAAGCUGAUAGGCAUGCUUGCUUCUGGUCCUGAGAGUAAGAAAGUAGAAGAACUGGAUAAUCCACUGGAGAUCAUUAGGACACUAACAGACCUGCUGAACGAUAAGGAGGAGAUGUUGGCUCAUCAAAGAAAGGUUAGUUAUAUGCUUGCUCGAACACUGGAAGAUAAAGAAAAUGCUUUGCAACAAAGGAAAGAAAGUACAUUUUCAGAAGAAAAGGUUACUUUUAAGAACAGUCAGUACAAACAAGACUUAAAUCCCCAAGAAUGGAUUUUUCCUGAAUGUUCGUGUUGUCAGGAUGGCUUUUCUUCGGCUCCCAAUACAAACCCCAGCAGAAUGCCAACUUCUCAUUCCACAGGAUCUAAAGAAAAUAAACACCACAACUUCAAAGAGACAAUGAAUAUGAAAUAGGAUACCGCUUUUUAGAAAAAUGUAGAUCUGUGUGUAAAAAAUGACAACUUCCUUAACAUUUUGCUUCAUAAUUUAGGACUCUUAAAUGCCGUCUGUGCUCCAUUGAACAUUGAGCACCUUUAAAGGACUCCUUCUUAAAUUCCAUAUCAGGAACACAGAUAAACACAAAUUCAAAAGCUGCUUAUUCAUGGAAAGCAGAAGGAAGAGCUGAAAAUAUGCAACGGUUUAUGUAUUUGUGGAAUACCUGCAGUGAACUAUAAUUCAACCUUAAUAAGGAAAUUUUACAAGGCCAUUUUACCGUUUAAGUAAUUUACAAUUUCUGGGUUGAAAAUAAUAUAUAAUUUAUUGUUGAUGGAUUGUAUUCAGCAGUCUCUGUCUGUGAACAGAAGGCCUUAUUACAUUCUUCUAAAGAUUUCCUCCAGUUUCUGAUCUCACAGAAUGCUUUGCUAGCAGAACCUACUAAUCCCCAUUCUCUUUUCUAAGCUGGCCUUUUUAUUUAGUUAAUUGUCAAGAUUGUUUCCACAGGUUAGAAAACAUUUUUUAUUCAUGUGUUCAAUAUUUUGCAUGCUAUUUACUUUUCACCAGAGAACAUUUUCUCUUUUUUUAAAGACCUUUCUUUUGCUUUUUUUAAAAAUAAGCUUCUUUUAUCAAUGCUCUUCCUCACCGACGGAGCACUAGAAAGAAGUUCUGCCUAAAUCAAGGUUCAUUCAUUCCCUCUUAAAUUGCCUCUCCUUGCUAUUUUGUACCAUGAAAAUGGUACCUUUCACUUUCCAGAUGUAGUUAGACUUCAAGUCCUGUCAACUUCAGACAUCACAGACUAUAUUUGUAUGUGAUGGAAAUUAAGGGUUUCAGUUUCCCACCUUUUGAUAUAUUUUAUAGCUCAGGUUCCUUUUUAAGUAUGAGGAUUUGCAUUAAAAUCCAAUCAUUUACUAAUUUCUCUGCCGCACUGAAUGAUUGCUGAGAUGUUUUUCCCUUGGAUAAAUGUCUAGCUUAUUGAUUUUCAUUUCUUCUAGAUCACAUUUUCAUAAAGUACAGAUAGGAAAAAUUGGUAUCAUAUAUCAUCCUUUGUUCAUGUAGAUCAGGGGUGUCAAACUCACGUCAUGGUGGCGUCACGUGGCAUAUCGGGACUUUUUUCCCUUCGCUAAACCGGGUGGGGGUGGGGCCAGCACGUGAUGCAUCUAACUCUCGGGCUGUGAAUUUAACACCCCUGAUGUAGAUUGAUCAAAAAGAGGACAUAAUGGGAUUCAAUCAGAUCUUCAUAAAAAAUAAAUUGCCUUAUGAAUGUAUAUAUUUGAAAGAAUGAUUUCAUGAUCAAACAAAAUCUGUUGCCUUAGGAAAUUGGAGGUCUUUUAUACAUUGAUCCACAUUGGCAGAAAAUAUUAAACAGUAGGUAUGUUAGAUUAGAACUACUUAUGUAUAAAAACACUGCAUGUGACCAUUUGUUCACCAGAUCUCUUUAAUCAGAAAGUUGAAGAACAGUAACUAUCUUAUACAUGUGUGCACAAUAUAAAUUAGUGUUGGGUUCACACUGACUAUUAAGUGCAUUCAGGCAAAUACUGCACAUAUAAGCGAUUAGGUAAUAUGUAAAGUU